AUGAUGGAAAACCAUUCAGAUCUCGAAAAUAUCAAAAUUUUAAGCUGGGAUGGAGACCUAUUUACAAUCCCGAUCAUAAUUCUCAACUACUCCGAAGUCCUUCAGCAAAUGCCAAACUUGGAGCAUGAGAUCUCUUUGGAACAUCUAGAAAUUGACACCACAACCUUAAGCAAAAUAAUUGAAUUUUGCAAGUUUCACGAUUUUAUCUCUCCAGAGCAAAUAGACUUUCCUUUGAAAACUCGUAACCUUGAUGAAAUUAUACUAACUUACCCACCCACUGUGAGCGAACAAAACCAUUGGAAAAAUCCCUAUUUUGCCCAAAAAUCCACCCUCCGAACAAAAAUUUUUUUAUGAAAAAAAAUUGAUAUAUAAGUGAUAUAAUCCGUUGGCAAAAUUUCUUAUGGAUGUUAUACGCGCCAUUUUCAUGUGAAAUUUCAAAUUAUGAAUUUGCCGCACUAAAAUCUGCGUUUUGAAACGCAUAUUUAGUUUUCACAUACCAAAUUCAAAAUGGCAUGCAUAUGCAUGAUAAGAAAUUAUUGCAAUGCAUAAUAAUUAUUAUCUGAAAUCUCUAGCUAAUUCUGUUUAAUUUUAAGCAGCUUGUAUUUUAAAACAUAAAUUUUACAAAUUAAUAAAAUUUUUUUUUCCAAUUGGGAUUUUUUUUAAAUUUCGAAAAAAAAUUACUACUAUAAACUUUAUAUUUAAAUUUCUAAAAAAACAAUCACAUAGGGAAGGAGUAAAGGAUUUUGAUAGAGCAUUUUUUAAAAGCUUAUCAGAGGAAGAUUUACUUAAAUUAGCUCUUGCAGCACAUAAACUUGAAAUUAUAGUUCUGAUGAAACUUUGCUGCAUUGCUAUCGCAUCAAGCUAUGUAAAUUUAUCAGGCUCAGAAUUUGAUUCUUUGACUGAAUUUAUUAAACUUGGAAUUGAAGAAGAUGAAUGACUUAGAGUAUGCGAAUUUCCAUUUGCGAUGGAUGCUAAAACAAAUAAUUAA